AUAGUUAGUAUUUUGAUCGUGAAGGCGUAUAAUGACAAAUACCUUUUUCGGGGCCGGAAAUCCGCUGACCCGAUGACAAAGCUUCUGGAUUACUAAGACUGCUGAUUGGCUGUCGUUGGAUGACCGUUGAAGUUUGAGGUCGGGCCAAUUACGUAGGGGACUCCGUGCAUCGUGCUACACCUUCUGCUACUUAAUCUGAACCACCCCAUCUGAUUCUUCCAUCUUCUGUCUACGAUUGUUUCGGAUAAUCCGUCAAAAUUUCAUUCUUACGAUACCAUUAUCCUAGGUUGUCGCUGUUGACGGCCCCUCAUUUAUAUAGCGCAAUCAGACUCAAUCACAGCACAAUGGCCUCUGCAACGACUUUCUACGACUUUUCUCCCCCAGACAAAAAGGGGAAUCCCUACCCCCUCACCAACUUCAAAGGCAAAGUCGUCCUCGUCGUCAACACAGCCUCUAAAUGCGGCUUCACCCCUCAAUUCGCCGGUCUCGAAAAAUUAUACAAAUCGAUUGAAGCCAAACAUCCCGGCGCAUUCACCAUUUUGGGUUUCCCCUGCAACCAAUUCGGAAACCAGGACCCUGGAAGCAACGACGAUAUUCAGAGCUUUUGCCAGGUUAAUUACGGCGUGACGUUCCCCGUGUUGGGCAAGAUUGAUGUGAAUGGAAGUAAAGCCGAGCCGGUUUUUGAAUGGAUCAAGGCUCAGAAACCAGGACUGUUCGGUGUCAAGAGGGUAUUGUGGAACUUUGAAAAGGCGUUGAUUAAUUCCAAGGGGGAGGUUGUUGGAAGAUGGAGGAGUAUUACGAAGCCGGAGAGCUUGGAGGCGACGAUUGUGAAAGAGAUCGAGAAUGCGCAGAAGAGUGGUGAUAUUCCUGCUCCUGCUCCAACGGCAACGGAAACCGCUGCUGCUCCUGCGCAAGCUGAGACUGAAGCCAAGGAAGCUUGAUUUAUUGAUUCCUGUUGGUUUGCCCUCCACUGUUACGUUGUGUCCCUUUCUUGAUACCAGAUUGCAGUACGCUAUGUCUUUGAGAUUGAUGUUACCAUUAAUAUGAAUGAAUAGUCUUAGCCACCCAGUAACCUUUUUAUCCAUUUA